GAGAAAAUGUGGACACUCUUGGUUCUCAUAGGUGUUGCAUCUGUUUCUGCUCACCUGCAGGAUCUUUCCUUUGAUGGGCAGAAGGUGUUCCGUGUGAUUCCACAGAAUGAUGAGCAGGUGGAAAUCCUCAAUUUCCUUGCCAGAAUCAUGGAGGUUGACUUUUGGCAGCCAGACUCUGUCACACUGGUAAGGCCAAAAAUGCAAGUUGAUUUCCGAGUUGAGGCUGAGAAGACUUAUAAGGUUGAAGAUCUUCUGAAAGAAAGUGGAAUGGAAUAUCAGGUUCUGAUUGACAACCUGCAGGCUGCACUGGAUGCCCAGUUUGACAGCCAAGCUCGUACUUCCAGCCACAGCUAUGUGAAGUACAACGACUGGGACACGAUAGCUGAUUGGACUGCUGAUAUUGCUGCUCAGAACCCAGACCUUGUCUCUCGUAGUGUAAUAGGGAACACAUAUGAAGGCCGGCCAAUGUACCUUCUCAAACUGGGAAAAAGCGGUGCAAAUAAGAAGGCCAUCUUUAUGGACUGUGGUUUCCAUGCAAGAGAGUGGAUCAGCCCUGCUUUCUGCCAGUGGUUUGUGAAAGAGACUGUGGAGACCUACGGAAAAGACUCUGUCAUGACCACACUCCUGGACAAUCUGGACUUCUACGUUCUCCCUGUUGUUAACAUCGAUGGUUACGUUUACACUUGGACAAAUGACCGCAUGUGGAGAAAGACGCGCUCUAAAAAUUCCGGGACCUCUUGCAUUGGGACAGAUCCCAACAGGAAUUUUGAUGCUGGCUGGUGCACUCUUGGGGCCUCAGAUUACGCCUGUUCUUCCACAUACUGUGGCUCUGCACCUGAAUCUGAAAAGGAGACCAAGGCUUUGGCUGAUUUUAUUCGCGAACAUCUUUCUACAAUCAAGGCAUACUUGACAAUUCACUCCUAUUCCCAGCUGCUACUGUUUCCUUAUUCAUACACUUACAAGUUGCCAUCAAAUUACCAGGAACUGAAUUCCAUAGCUAAAGCUGCUUCCAAAGAGCUGGCCAGUUUGUACAACACCGACUAUACAUAUGGUCCAGGAGCAACAACAAUCUACCCUGCUGCAGGGGGCUCUGAUGACUGGGCUUAUGACCAAGGCAUCAAGUACUCUUUCACUUUCGAGCUCCGGGACACCGGGAGAUACGGUUUCCUUCUCCCUGAAUCUCAGAUAAAGCCAACCUGUGAAGAGACUUUCCUUGCUGUCAAAUAUAUUGCCAACUAUGUCCUUGAGCACUUGUAUUAGAAUGGAGUUCUAAAAAUUAUUAAAGUAGGCUUUAUGCAAA